AACUAUGAGAUAGCUUCCAAGAGAGAGUAUUUAUUUUGUGGGUGAAGGCGACAUUCAUUAAUGUUUAGGGAAUUGAAUUGAAAAAAAAAAAAAAAAAAUGUAGGGAAUGAGAAUCUGAUUAACAACAGAUUUGGGAGUGCACUUAUUAGUUAGAUUAAGAGGCAUUGAAGGGUACAAAUUAGUAGUGUGAGUGUCUCUGCUUUCUUUAGCGCGGCAGUUUGGAGAGAGAGAGAGAGAGAGAUGAUGAAAAUGCCAGAUUGCAAAAUUCGCUGAAACGACGACGAUUUUGCGCAGAAAAACGCCAUAAACGACGAGAGAGCAGCUAGCUGUGCAUUUCAAUUUCCUCCGAAUUUCAAAAGACAGAGAGACUUGGGGGGAAGAGAGAAUUAGUCGCGGCGCCGGGUUCCUCCCAAGGGAUCUCCUCUUCCAUUUCUUCUCGGUACGGUUACGGUAGAUGGGGAUUGGGGAGGGGAGGAGGUUUAUGCUUAUCGGGAAGCUACGCACGUACACGCUCCUUUGAGGUAAAGUAAGCCAAAGGUAGGUGUAGGUUGGUGUCUCCGAAAUAAUUCACUGCACAUGGACUUGUUGAACUUGGAGUUACCCAAAGAUUCCUUUCAGCUAGCCAGAUCGAACAUUCUCUCUAAGAUUUAAGGGCCUUCUCUGAUAUCUUUUCCAAGGGUGGAGGUCGGGUAGAAUGAUGGCUACAGAAGAUGAUCAGAUGCAAGGACCAAUCGUCAGUGAGGAAAAGAUUUAUGUUUCUGUUCGUAUGCGACCUUUAAACGACAAGGAACGUUUAAGGAACGAUGUGCCCGACUGGGACUGCAUCAACGAUACCACUAUCAUUUACAGGAGCCAUCUUUCUAUCUCUGACCGUUCCAUGUAUCCUUCUGCUUACACUUUUGACAGAGUGUUUGGCCCUGACAGUUGUACGAGGCAAGUGUAUGACCAAGGGGCCAAGGAAGUCGCUUUCUCUGUUGUCACUGGCGUUAAUGCUAGUGUAUUCGCAUAUGGGCAAACAAGUAGUGGAAAGACUUACACUAUGAGCGGAAUUACUGAUUGCGCCUUGAUUGAUAUAUAUGACUACAUUGGCAAGCACAAAGAAAGAGAAUUCAUUCUAAAGUUCUCUGCCAUGGAGAUCUACAAUGAGUCUGUAAGAGAUCUCUUAAGUACAGAUACUAGCCCACUCAGACUUUUAGAUGAUCCUGAGAAAGGGACAGUUGUUGAGAAACUCACAGAGGAAACUCUGCGCGACUGGAAUCAUUUCAAGGAGCUCCUAUCUGUAUGCGAAGCACAACGGCAAAUUGGAGAGACAGCUCUAAAUGAAGUUAGCUCCAGGUCUCAUCAGAUUUUGAGAUUUACAGUUGAAAGCUCGGCUCGUGAAUUUUCCACCAAUGAUAAGUUUAGUACACUUACAGCGACAGUGAACUUCAUUGAUCUUGCUGGAAGUGAACGUGCAUCUCAAUCAUUAUCAGCCGGCACAAGGUUAAAAGAAGGUUGUCAUAUAAAUCGAAGUUUGUUAACACUGGGAACUGUGAUACGUAAGCUAAGUAAAGGAAAAACUGGGCACAUUCCAUUCAGAGAUUCAAAACUAACACGCAUACUUCAGUCUUCUUUGGGAGGAAAUGCAAGAACUGCCAUUAUUUGCACUAUGAGUCCUGCGAGAAUCCAUGUUGAGCAAUCCAGAAACACACUGUUGUUUGCGAGCUGCGCAAAGGAGGUGACAACAAACGCACAAGUCAAUAUUGUCAUGUCUGAUAAAGCUUUGGUAAAACACUUGCAGAGGGAGUUGGCUAAACUGGAAAGUGAGUUGAGAAGCCCUGGCCAGGCGUCGAUUGUUUCUGACACAACUGCAUUACUGACGGAGAAAGAACUCGAGGUUGAAAAGCUAAAGAAAGAGGUAUUCCAACUAGCCCAACAACUAGAGCAAGCUCGUUCCGAGAUUGAGGAUCUUCGACGAAUGGUUGGAGAAGAAAAUCAACGAGAAAAAGAGGCACUAGCAACAGAAACAGUAGAGUUAGAUGCUCUUCUGGAACAUCAAUACCCCAAGCUGCGAGUGCGCAGUACAUGGGACUCUGAAAAUACAACACCACUGAGCCCUAUAUCAGCUCACCGCUCCAGUAUAUCUCCACGAUCAACUGAAUACAGUUAUGAAGAGAAUGUCUUCCAACUAUCAGAUUUUAGGAUUGACUCUACAUCAAGUAGUCCCCUUCAACAGCUUGCGUUUGUAACUUUUUUCCCUAAGGUUCCACUUGAUAUUCACGGGACAGAAACUAUACACCAAUCUCAUGUUCACAUAGAGGAGAUUGCAGAUCAACCUCAUGUUCAUGAGGAUCCGGUUGAUGAAAUGGCUGACGAGAAUUCUUCGGAGGAUAACUGUAGGGAAGUUCGGUGCAUAGAAACAGAGAAGUCAGAUAUCACUAUAAGUCCAGAGGAAUAUAUACCCGAGAGCAGUCCAGGCAAAUGCGAGGCUGUACAUGUACAAGAACCAGUAUGUGUGACAGAGCCAAAGAACUUACAACUCCCCACAGAAGUUAAAAGCGAAGAAGAAGAAAGGGUAAAGGAAGUCACCGGUGCCUCUCCCCAACCAAAACAAGAAAGCUAUCUCAAAAAAACUCCUCAACUAUGUGAUUUUGAAUGUUCUCCUGAUAAUUUUGAUACAAGCAUCUCUAACCUGAGAAGAAUCCCGACGCCUCGAGAACUUAUCACUCCCUCUCCUGAAAAGCCUUUCUUUUGGAAUAAGGAUAGAGAUUCACAACCGUUAGCAGGCAUGAAGCUGACUAGAAGUCAAAGCUGCCGAGCAAGCUUACUAUGGAGCUCUUCGUCCUCUUGGGUUGAGAAAGAUGCUGAUACACCCCCAAGCUGGUACGAGAAAGAAUUUGUCAAAACAGCUGAGAGAAACCUGGAAAUGUGCGACAUCAAGAGCGACAGGUUUCUGCAGGAUGAGUUUAGCGGGAGGAGCAUGCCAACAACUUGGUUUGAGGGAAGUUUGAGUGACACUGAAACGGCGCAUGCUGCUUCGCAUGGUAUCAGUAACGAAAUGGAUUCGCCAAAUGAAUCACUGUCCCGGCCAUCUGAUGCUUCUGUGUUUGAGGUCCAGACAAGUGGUAGAGCUUCAAUAAGCCAGGACAGAGCAGAGGAGUCUGCUGCUCAAAAAGACAAGCAAAUCAUUCAUCGCUCGAUGGAGGAAAUGGAACAGAAGUUCUUGGCCAUGAGUUCAACAAAGAGUUUCAAGGACGCAGCGAUGGACCCAAUACAAGACUACUUAGACACGCCCUUGAAUUGGCCGGUGGAGUUCAAGAGGCUGCAGAGGGAGAUAAUAGAGCUAUGGCACGUGUGUAACGUCUCUAUGGCACACAGAAGCUACUUCUUCCUUCUGUUCAGAGGAGAUCAGAAAGAUUGCUUGUACUUGGAGGUAGAGCUCCGGAGACUUAAGUACAUCAGAGAAUCUUUUGCUCAAAAUAGCAACGAUAUGACCCUCAGCUCCUGCAGGAGGGCGUUGACGAGGGAGAAGUAUAAGCUGAGCAAGCUGAUGCAGAGGAAACUGUCGAAAGAAGAGAGAGAGAACUUGUUCUUGAGAUGGGACAUUGGGCUCAACACGAGGCACAGGCGGGUCCAGCUGGCACAGCGGCUCUGGUCGGAUUACAAAGACAUGGGUCAUGUCCGAGAGAGCGCCUCCUUGGUCGGUAAGCUACAUGGGUUCGUGGACAUGAAUUUGACUUCCACAGAGAUGUUUGGCGUCAACUUUGCUUUCAGACCACCUCGUCCUAAGAAACCCAGUCUUUGGAAACGCAGCGUCUUGUCCCUCUCCUUUUUGUAAACUUAACUAUAAUAAAAAGCCCACGAAAGAAACCUCUUUUCUUUGAUUUCUUGUUCAUUAAAAUCGUCUCUAACCAAUUAGUCAAUGUGAGCAAGUCUAAGACCAUAUCAUA